AUGGACGCCUGUGCCAAUGGCGUCCGCUUCAGCCUCCUCUACGACGGCCGGUGUCUGACGGCGGAGCCAGGUCUCGGGUGUGGCGUUGCGCUCGCAGCGUGUGCGGCGGCAGGCGAGGCCAACGCCACACUACAGACGUGGCGGCUGGAGCCGAACAAAAACGGGACCAGCUUCACCGUCUACUCGCCCGCCAAGAGCGAGACUACUGCCACGCCCUGCCCAGAGGAUGCCAGCCCCGAGUGUCCCGCGUGGGCGCGCCUCGGCGAGUGCGAGAAAAAUGCGGUCUACAUGACGCAUGCGUGCCGCCGAGCCUGCGGGAUGUGCCAUCCCAAGCCGAUUUGCAGCGUGUGGUCGCACCGCACGCCCGUUCCCGGCUCUGCGGCCGACAGCGCUGAGCUCAAGCUGCUCGUCCGCGCGCCAAAGGCACCUUUUCUCUGGCUUGCGCCGCGCGGCAGCGAGAAGCGGCACCUGCGCGUGCAGCUGCAGGCCUGGAGCUCCAUGUUUCCAGACUACAAACUUGCGCGCGUGCGGUGCCCUGGGAUGGCGCAGGCGGCGUGCUGCCUCGAGGCGGGCCUGUGGGGCCUCGGCCACCGCAACGCGCACGUGCAGCGCGCGUCCUUGCAGCUCUGCUCCUACCACGAGAGCCAUAUGUUCCCCUUCCAAGAGUGGCGCGUGGAGUGCGCACCCGACGCGGCGGAGGGCGACGCGGCGGAGGAACAACGCGAGGGGCAGCCCGAGCCUACGGCCGCGUGGCUCGAAGGCUUGGCUCGCGACGAGGGCGAGGAGGCGCUCGAGCGACUGCUGCCCCACGAGCUGCUCGGCGUGGGAGAGUUCUCGCCGGCAGCCUUCCGGCGGCUGGGCCGCCACUUCCACCCGGACAAGAGCGCCUCGCCGCACAGCGCGCUCCUCUUCGACCAGCUGCGUGCCGCCCUCGACCAGUUCAAGUCGGGCAGCUGGCGCACGGCGCAAGACGACGACGAUCGCCGCCGCUUCUUCACCGACGCGGCGGUGGUCGAGCUCAACCGCACGUCCCACGCCGCCGCCGCAGCGAGCGAGGGACCGCUCUGGCUGGCCUACUACGUGCUCGCCGCGCGCCGCCUCUCGCAGAUCCUCGGCGACAGAGUGCGGGUCGGCGCGCUGCGCUGCGGCGUGCCUCGCAAGCCGGGCGGCUGGCGCGAGGCGUGCUGCUCCUCAGGCUUCGCUCUCGAGCUCGGUCCCUCUCUGCCGCAGCCGCUCCUGCCCGAGCUCCUCGUCAACUUCACCCUCCGCGCCGCCGCCGACCUCCGCCGCCAGCGCGCGGCCGCCCAGCGAGGCAAGGGCCUCCGCCAGCUGACGCCAGCGGCGGCGGCCUCCGCCGACUUCGUCGCUUCGCCGCAGCUGGUCCUCUUCACGGAGCCGGACUGCAGCCUCUGCGACAUUGCGCGUGGGGCGGUGGCGCUGCUCGGCGAGGCGAGGCUGAUCAACGUGAGCGUCGUCGAGUGCCCGGCGGCCGAGCCAGCCGAGGGGGGAGCGGCCAGCUCUCCGCGCGAGACAGAGCCGAACGACAAGGAGGGGGGAGACGAGUACUGGUUCUCGCACGAGCACUUCCCGGACGGCGGCAAGCAGGCGGCAGAGCACUUCGCCUUCACGCAGGCGCGGCAGCAAGCGCAGCGAGACGCAGAGUGGUACGGCGAGGAGGAGGGACGACUGGCUGCAGCGAGGGAGGAGCGGCGGGCGGCUGCCGUGCGGCGCGUGCGGCAGCGGAGGGAGUCGUCGGCCAAGCCCAACGCCACUGCUCUGGUGGCGGAGCUGCACGCUGCGCCUGCUGACGAGUUUGCGCCCCGCCUCUGCGAGCUCCUGAGCAGCGGAGCGAAGCGCGCCGAGGUGCCCGCCAUCCGGUCGCUGCUCGAGCUGGCUUGCGCCGCCGACGCGCCGCGAGCCGCUGCAUGCGCUGCCGCCAUCAACGGGCGCGACUCAAGCGGGGCGACGCCGCUGCAGUGGGCCGCCGCCGCGCACCCGCCCGAACGGGCGGCGGACGUGGUUCGGCUGCUGACCAAGCACGGCGCUUCCGCCGACGGGAAGGGCGACGACGGACUCGCGCCUCUCCACUGGGCAGCGCUGCUGUGCCAGGCGGAGGUGGUGUUCGCGCUGCGCGAGGCGGGCGCUUCGGCCGACCUCGCCGCCGGCAAGGCGUCCAGCCAGCUCCUCGACUUGCGCGAGCGGCGAGGCGACGACGCGGAGGAGGACACGCAGAACGUCAGAAAGAGCAGGCGUGCCUCUUCGCUCUUCAGGGUCUUUGGCCGGAACAGCUGCACCUCGCACGUCGACUUCGUGCGCAUCUACGAGAGCUUGUUCGACCGUCCGCCGCCGCAAGCGCCGGCCAGCGAGGAGCGGGGGAGGCCGCCGCUCGCCCUCGUCUUCGGCCUCACCUCUGGGCUCUGGCAGCAGCCGGCCAAACAAGCCGUCGGCCAGGAGCUCGGGCGGCUCUUGCGCGCGUAUCCGCCGCUUGCCCUUGGCCGCGUGUCGGGCGGCACUUUGCUGCACGCGCUCUCUCGCCCUCUUGUGAUGGCGGAGGCUCGGUACGAGCUCCUCGAGCUGCUCCUGCGCCGCGGCGCAGACCCCGACGCGCCCAACUUGCACGGCGCCACGCCGCUCAUGGUUGCUGUCAGUCUCGAGUCGAUGCGCAGCUCUGGGGAGGAGGCGAGCCGCGUGGCCGCGCUCCUACUCCGUCACGGCGCAAACGUGUCGCGCGUUGUUAAGAAGGGCGGCAGCGCACUCACCGGCAGGAGCGCGCUCGACGUCGCGACACGCUCGAGGAGGCUGGCGCGCUCGCAGGGCCGCUCACUGCCGGUGUGGUCGGAGCUCGUCUCGGGGGUGCGGUGGGCGCCCGAGAUGCGGCUGUACGGCCCUGGUAAGGGGCUGGGCCUUGGGCUCUCGCUGCUGGGUCGCCCGGCAGGGAGUGAGGAGGAGCUGCUCAGCGCGAUCGAGGGGGCAAAAUCGAUGGCGCACGUCUUGCUGGAUGUCGCGACGGAGCGGGCGCUGGAGCAGGCGGAGCCGCCUCUCGAGUUCGAGGAGCGCGACGAGUCGGCGGGCGGCGGCGCGACUUGCGGGAGCGCGCCCAUGGAGCCGCGGGAGCCGAGGCCCGAGCUCGACGUCCCUCGGGUGUGGAGCUCAAUGCUCGAGCCGCCCGGCGGCACGGCGCCCUCUGCACCUGCCAGGCUCACGUCCUCGCCUGGCAAGGCGCCAGCCAAGCAGGGGACACCGGGCGCCAUCAAAGCGGGGUCCAAGGACCCGACGAAGCUGCGGCGCGGGCCCGCCGUCGGCGGUGGCUCAGCUGGCCCGACUGCUGCAAUCGCCGGUUGA